AUGAGCAAUUCCAACCUCCCGGAUGCGCACACCCAGGUGCAGGUCUCUAGCGAAGCCGCCGACAAUUUUGUCAACACGUACUACCAGUCGGUCAACAGCAAGGCCAACCUUCAGAGCUUUUACGUCAACACGUCGCCGCGGUACUCGAUACCCGCCGACAUCUCCAUCAACGGCCAGCUCGUCGCCGCGCCCGCUGACUACCUCAAGCUCAUCGAGGCGCAGGGCAGCGGCGUGCACUACGACGUCGAGUCGCUCGACGCGCACGUCAUGAACCCGUCCUUCAAGUUUGGCAUGCCCGACAACGUCCACGACGCGGCCCGCGCCGAGCGCAACGGCUCCCGCAUGAGCCUCGUCGUCACCGCCGUCGGCCGCGUCCAGUUUGGCCGCGGCAAGGACGCGCCACAGAAGAUGUUCAACGAGACGUUUGUGCUCGUCCCCAACUGGGAUGCCAUGGCGAGGAACCCGCCGAGGGGGGCCAAGAAGUGGCUGAUUAUGUCGCAAAAUUUUCGCGCGCUGUGA